AUGUCGCGCGUGCGGGUGCUGAAUCUUCCGCGCGACUGCACGGAGGACCAGCUGCGGCGCCACCUCCUCGCCGCGCUGCCGCCCUCCGCGCCGCACCUGGAGAUCACCGACUGCGUGAUCAAGCGGUCGCCGGCCGGCGGCAAGGGCCGGGGUGUGAUUCGCAUGGCCUUCGUGGGGUUUCGCAACGCCUCCAGCGGGCACUUCGUUGUCCGGCACUUCGACGGCACGUACUUCGGCAGCGCGAAGCUGCGGGUGGAGGUGGCGAAGGGCCUCGGCGACGUCGGGGUGACGACGAACAUGCGGAAGAAAAUGGAGGCGACGGCGGCUGCAGGCGACGGCGACAAGGCUGCGAAGGGCGGUGGGGAGGCGCUGAAGCGCCCCCGCGAGGAGGCGCAGCAGGCCUCCGCGGCUGAGCACGGCGAGGCGGCGGAGGAGGAGCAGCAGCGCAAGAAGAAGGAGCGUAAGGAGGAGUUCAUCGCCCAGCGCCUGAAGGCGACCACCGGACCGACGUGGACCUCAGAGGUGCUGGUGCCGGAGGCGGCGGAGUCCGACGCACACGCCGUGGAGAGUCACGGUGCCGGGAAGGCGGAGCAGCACGACGAGGCGGCGGAGGAGGAGAGGGAGGAGGAUGAGGAGCGACGGGCACUGGAGCGGCAACAGGCGCUGGGCGAAGUCAGCGACUUGGAUUUUUUAGCCUCACUCGCGAAUAAAACGGCGGCCGCAGGUAGGAGCAGUGCCCCGGGGAGGCAAGGGGGGGCAGUGGACGAAGCGGGCGGAGGCGUGCGUGCAGAGGACGCGGAGGCGGAGAAGGAGGCGGUGGGCGGGGAACAGCAGCAGGAGCAGACACCUCGUGCAGAGGUCUCCCAAAGGGAGGAGGAGGAGGAGGAGGCCAUUGUGCGCGAGAGCCGUCGGAUACGCCUCGGAAAUAUUCCGUACAUCGCCACUGAGGAGGACGUGAAGCAGUUCGCCUCCUCGCUCGUGGGCACUGUGGAGGCGGUCCACAUCCCUUUGACCAAAGACACGCGGCAGAGCAAAGGCGCGGCGUUUGUGAAGUUUGCGCGGCUGGAGGACGCCGUGCGGGCGCUGCCGUUGUGUCGCGGGGCCGUUUUCAUGGGCCGACUGCUGCGCGCCAGCGCCGCUGCGGAGGACCCGUACACGAAGAAGCUCGAGGGCCACGCGGACGCGGCGGCGAUGGCGGGCGGCAGCGAAUUCAAGCGUCAGAAGGAGCAGGAGCGCCGCGGUGAGGCCGGCUCGGCGAUGGUGUGGAACACGAUGUACAUGAACAGCCACGCUGCGGUGGAGUCUGUGGCAAAGCGGCUUGGCGUGACUUCGGGCGACGUCGUCUCCGUUCAGGCCCGCGGGGCCGCCGUGCGUGCCGCCAUCGCGGAGGCAUACCUGACGACGGAGAUUCAGCAGGUGUUGAGUGACGAGGGGAUUGACUUCGGCCUCCUGGAGAGCGCCCAGCAGAACCUGCUGAAGACGCGCAGCAACACAACCAUCCUCGUGAAGAACAUUCAGGCCACCGACGCGGACGACGCCGCCCAGCUGAGUAAGAUGUUUCUCCGCUACGGGGCACUGGAGGCCACUGCUUUCCCGACCGCCGGCGGCUUCGCGCUCUUCCGAUACACCCACCAGCAAGACGCCCGUGUGGCCUUCCAGCGGCUGUCGUACAAGCUGUUCAAAAACGCCCCGCUCUUCCUGGAGUGGGCGCCCAUUGGCGCCAUCGUGACGAGCGCCGACGACGACGACGACGACGGGGCGCGGGCGGACGCUGAUGCGAAAAAGAAGGCGGCUGUGAGCACCACCGGCACCGGUCCCAACGGAGCCGCCCCGCACGCGGAGGAGGAGGAGGAGGAGCUGCCGAGCAACAAUGCCGCCUUUGCCCCCGUCUUCACGCUCUUCAUCACGAACAUCCCCUUUGCUUCAAAGGAGGAGGAGUUUUACGUGUUUCUGCUGGACUCCUGUCCACGGAUUGCGAAGGUGCCUGAAAAGCACAUUGAGCGGUUGGCCUUUGAGCAGGAUAAGGGGCGCGCCUUUCUCACGCUGAAGGAUCAGAGCAGCUUUAAGUACGUGCAGCAGCGGCUGCACGGGAAGAGUUUUGCCAAGCGAACGCUCGCGUGCGUGCCAAGCAAACAGACCACGGCGAUGCUCACGAUGAAGACAGCGUCCGUGGCGGCAACGUCGGUUGUGGCGGCCAUCGCCGCUCCGGCGGAGGAGGCGGAGGAGUUGGCAAAGGCCUCCGCCGUUGUGGCGCGUAGGGGGGCGGCGGCGCGCGGCGCCAGUCACGUGCCGCCGGGUUGUGACGCGCUCAAGUUGGUGGUGAAGAACGUGCCCUUUGAGGCCACCGAGCGCGACAUCCGGGACCUCUUCUCUGCCUUCAGCGAGAUUCGCAGUGUGCGGCUGCCGCGGAAGAGUCACCAGUUUUCCUCACACCGUGAGAACAACCAUCGUGGCUUUGCGUUUGUCGAGUUUCUCUCGGAGGAGGAGGCAAAGCGUGCCAUGGAGACACUCAAGGCCACGCACCUUUACGGUAGACACCUGGUGCUGCAAUACGCCAAACUCGACGGGCAGUAA